GUGAGCUUCUUCAGCCCUCCGGCUGCCCCUUCGCAAAAUCAAAUCAGCUAAGAGCAGCACUGUUCACCUGCGACAACCCUUGAAGUUAUUCACUGGCGCUCCCUGGCUGUGCCUCCAAUUGCUCACUUUGGAAUUUGCUCCCGCCGGCCGACAACUGACAGCGCAUGAGCCACAUGGUCCAGAGUCCAGGCAGACAAAAACAACCCAGAAUCCCCCUUCGCAGCUGAGCUACUGGCAAGAGGGCCUCUAUUACCUACAGAUCCACACAACGCCCUCCUUGGACAAAAUGGAGUACAUAAACGCCCUGGUGCCAUCGACAUUGUUAAAGUGAGUACUGAUUUAUUUAUCUAUCCUACCUUCUCCAAGGAGCUCAAAUGGGGGUGUACAUCGUUCCCUCCCUCCUCAUUUAAUCCCCGCGAAAACAACCCUGCAAGGUAGGUUAGUCUGAGAGUCCAGCACUCUUAACUGCCACAGGCCAGUGGCAUACCCUCCAACAUUUCUCUAAUGAAAAUAUGGUUGUCCAAUUCAGUAAUAACAACUGUAUUAUUUAUACCCCCACCCAUCUGACUAGGUUGCCCCAGCCACUCUGGGCUGUUUCCAACAUACUGUAUUUUUCGCCCUAUAGGACGCACCGGCCCAUAGGACGCACCUAGUUUUGGAGGGGGGAAAUAAAGGGGGGAAAUUAUUUCCCCCUCCAGAGGCGCGGGGCUGGGGCGGGGGAAGUCCGAGCUUCCCCCGACCCCAGCCCACAGAACAGGAAGCUCUCCGCAAGCCUUGGGAGACCGUUGCGACUUCCCGCCGGGCUCCCACUGCUUGCAGAUAUCUGCCUGAAGCCCAAACCAGGUCGGGAACAGCGGGAGGCGCUUCUCCCGCCGCCAGCCUUCAAACCAGGUCGGGGACAGCGGGAUGGCGGCGUUUCGCCUCCCCGCUGUCCCCAGAGCUUGCGGGGCUAGCGGCGGGGAGAAGCUUCUGGGUGCCGGCAAGCUCUCCGCUAGCCGUGGGAGAGCCGCGCGGCGCUCCCUCGGCUAGCGGAGCUCUGCCCGAAGCCCGAAGCUUGGGGCGUGCUGAGCUCAGCGCGCCGCAAGCUUCUGGGCGCCAGCAAGCUCUCCGCUAGCCGUGGAAGAGCUGCGUCUCCCACGGCUAGCAGAUAGCUUCCUGAAGCCUGGAGAGCGAGAGGGGUCGGUGCGCACCGACCCCCCUCGCUCUCCAGGCUUCAGCAAGCCUGCAUUCGCCCUAUAGGACGCACACACAUUUCCCCUUCAUUUUUGGAGGGGAAAAUUGCAUCCUAGAGGGCGAAAAAUACGGUAUAUAAAAACAUAAUAAAACAUUAAACUUUUUUUUUAAAAAAAACUACCCUAUACUGGGCUGCCUUCAGAUGUCUUCUAAAGGUUGUAUAGUUACUUAUCUGCUUGGCUCGGGGGUCGCAUAACUCCAGACCCUCCAGCAUUUCUCCCAUGAAAAUAGGGGUGUCCCAAGGAAAAGUGGGGCAUUCCGGGAUCAAAUAAAAAACCGGGAUGGCUUCUGUAAAUCCGAGAUUGUCCCUAGAAAAUAGGGACACUUGGAAAGGAUGCAUGGGGGAGGGCUGGAUGGAGGUUUCUGGGUUUAUACCUCGGGCAUGCAGUGCUUCCUACCAUCCUUUCCUCCUUCCUUACAAUCCUUUAGCCAAACCCGUCUGCUAAGGUCUGAAGGAUCUUUCGCCUUCUAACAGCAAACUCAGCUGGUGAGAGCAGAUAUAGCCAAUAUGGGGCCAAUGGGAAACACGUGGGGGGAGACUGGAAUGCUUGGGGGAACCGCAAGCUUUGUACGAGUACAAAACAUCUUAGGAGGGACCUAGAAGGGACCUAAGGUAAAGGUAAAAGACCCCUGGAUGGUUAAGUCCAGUCAAAUUUGACUAUGGGGUUGCGCCGCUCAUUUCGCUUUCAGGCCGAGGGAGCCGGCGUUUGUCCACAGACAGCUUUCCGGGUCAUGUGACCAGCAGGACUAAACAGCUUCCGGUGCAACGGGACACCGUGACAGAAACCAGAGCGCACGAAAACGCAAUUUAUUUUCCCACCACAGAGGUCCCUAUUUAUCUACUUGCGCUGGUAUGCUUUCGAACUGCUAGGUUGACAGGAGCUGGGACAGAGCAAUGGGAGCUCACACUGUUGCGGGGAUUCGAACUGCCAUCCUUAUGAUCAGCAAGCCCAAGAGGCUCAGUGGCUUAGCGGGGACCUAAGAUGAUGACAGUCCGUUGCAGGGGGUUGGACUAAAUGACUCUUGGACUCGCUUCCAACUCUACCAUUUUAUGAAAAAUGCAGGUCACUGAGGACUCAGCAGGCUCAGUGGCCCCCAAACCCUGACUGAGAGGAGCAGAGAAUUAGAGGUGAGGGAGAGAGAGAGGGAGGAAAUGAAUAAGACCACUCCACGCUGCAACAUUUUGCUGCAGGUCUCCCAUUAAACUCAAGCAAACAACGGUGUUGUCCACAGAACACGAAUGAGCAAAAUUCCCUGAUUCCCGGUAUUUUAUCUGACAUUCUGCCCAAUAAAUAAGGGGUUUUGCUUUAUUCAAAGAGAUAGUUGUCCUGUGGGCUGGCUCCACUAGCACCUCCUUCGCCUCUUCCUCCUCUUGGAAUUUGGACUUCGACAUCAAAAUUCCAGGGACCAGAAGAGGCCAUGAUAAGCAUUUCCACGUAGACCUAAUAAAUUGCGUCAUGUCGUGUACUCUGGUUGCAAGCUGCGUAAGGGGCCAAUAACAGCUGGAUAGCUCAGCUGAUUAGAGCGUGGCGCUGAUAAUGCCAAGGUUAUAGGUCUGAUCCCUCUGUAUGGGGCAGCUGCAUAUUCCUGCAUGAUGAUUCUCAGGGUCCCUUCCAACUUUAAUAAUAAUAAUAAUAAUAAAUUUUAUUUAUACCCCGACAAUGCAGGAAUCUUUUGCCCAAUGUGGGGCUCAAAACCCACGACCCUAAGACUAAGAGACUCAUGCUCCACCAUCCGAGCUAUCUCUUCAGUUCCAGGCUGAUUCCCCAAUUCUAAAAAAAAAUCCUCCCCAAAAUAGAGUCCUUUUUGUUGGGGAUAAUUCAGAUGGAAAUUCCCAGGUGUCAAAAAAGGUUAUUUAUGUAUGCCACUAGUGCAGCCCAUGUUUUGUUAGCCCCAAAAUGGAAAACGAGCGAGAUCCCAACUAAAGAAGAAUGGCAACUUCAACUGGUGGUAUAUGCGCAGCUUGCAGACCUAACAUAUAUAGGGCGAGUCUUUUAAAAGAGGCCCCGUGGAACAUGUGUACUCUGUAUUCACCCUGUAGGAUAAGAGAACAAGAAGAACAUACAUUUAAAGAAGACUGGAAAAUGCUUAUUGAAUAUAUGGGGGAAUUGUGCACAUUUGAAAACGUUGGCAGCAUUAAGAUAAAUUCAACAGUGUAAAGAAGUUUUGAUGGAUGUAAUAAUGGAUUACUGAAUGCUUUCGUUUAUGUAAAAUAUGCAGGGAUUUAUGAUAUGUAAAAUGGACCAUGGAAAGAGAAGUAGGGAAGUCAUUGACAUUUUAAGGUUCUUUAAAUGAAUAUUCUAAAUUGUAGAACAGAAAAUUUAAUAAAAAUUAUACAGCGGUACCUCUGGUUAAGAACUUAAUUCGUUCCGGAGGUCCGUUCUUAACCUGAAACUGUACUUAACCUGAGGUACCACUUUAGCUAAUGGGGCCUCCCACUGCCACUGUGCCGCCGACGCACGAUUUCGGUUCUCAUCCUGAAGCAAAGUUCUUAACCCGAAGUACUACUUCCGGGUUAAUGGAGUCUGUAAUCCAAAGGUGUUUGUAACGUGAGGUACCACUGUACACACACCAAAAAAAGUAAAGAAAACAGGCAGAAACAGCAUUGGGUCGUGUAUAACUGUCCUGAUAACAUCAUGAGUGCAAAUCGUCACAACCGAAAGGGCACCUGGACGAACCCAGAUCAUUACCAAAAGUUCAGUUUCUCUGUUAGGGUGCUGAUGUCCCCCUGGACACUUUGCACAUGCUCAGAGGCACGCUAUGGCAGCCAGGUCGGGACCUUCUGAGCAACCUCUCUCUCUCUCUCUUUCUCACAGGUCAGUGUCGAGUGCGAGUUCAGAACUCACCCGCCGUGUGUGGGCCCCGAGUCCCCCAACCCAGAGGCCAUUCCGGGUCUGUGACCACAAGCGCAACGUCCGCAAAGGUCUGACUGCAGGGACCUUGCAGGAGCUGUUGAUCAAGGUGAGCACCCCUUCCCUCCCGCCAAUUUUCCAGCCUCCACUUGGCUCCACACUUGGCUGGCAAGCCCUUGGGUAAAGCUACUCCUCUUCACCCUCCCUUUUAUCAUCUGCGAAAUGGAAGCAGUGGCCGUGCUUUGCUUGACAUGAAGGUCACUGCUUGUGUGUUUUCUUGUUUCGCCAGGCAAGGGAGACCCUGCUGAUCUCCAGCAUCGUUUCCUUGGUGCUGGAAGAAGAUGGCACCGUUGUGGAAACAGAGGAAUUCUUUGACGUCCUAGACGAUAACACGGCCUUGAUGGCGCUGGAGAAAGGGCAGAAAUGGAGCCACGCCAGGGUAAGCAAAAGGGUGUUGAAUGGAAGGCCAGCGGAAAAUUACAGGCUUCAUUUCCAUAAGAAUUCUAAGGCUUCGUAAAUAAAAUGAAUGUUCCUAAGUGCACAAGAUAAAUACAUAUAGGUAAGUACUGAAUGUCUGAAAGAGUACAGGAGAGCAAUCCUGAAGCCACUUUGACUCUUAAUAAUAAUUUUAUUCAUUCAUUCAUUCAUACACAUCCCAUCUGGCUGAGUUUCCCCAGCCACUCUGGGCGGCUCCCAACAGAAUAUUAAAAGCAUGAUGAAACAUCAAACAUUGAAAACUUCCCUAAACAGGGCUGCCUUCAGAUGUCUUCUAAACGUCAGAUAGUUGUUUAUUUCCUUGACAUCUGAUGGGAGGGCGUUCCACAGGGCAGGUGCCACCACUGAGAAGGCCCACUGCCUGCUUCCCAGCAACCUCGCUUCUCGCAGGGAGGGAAUCGCCAGAAGGCCCUCAGAGCUGGACCUCAGUGUCCGGGCUGAACGAUGGGGGUGGAGAUGCUCCUUCAGGUAUACAGGGCCGUUUAGGGCUUUCAAGGUCAGCACCAACACUUUGAAUUGUGCUCGGAAACAUACUGGGAGCCAAUGUAGGUCUUUCAGGACUGCUGUAAUAUGGUCUCGGCAGCCACUCCCAGUCACCAGUCUAGCUGCCGCAUUCUGGAUUAGUUGCAGUUUCUGGGUCACCUUCAAAGGUAGCCCCACGUAGAGCGCAUGGCAGUAGUCCAAGCGGGAGAUAACCAGAGCAUGCGGCACUCUGGUGAGACUCUCUCAGCCGGCGUACCAGAUGGAGGUGGUAGACAGCUGCCCUGGACACAGAAUUGACCUGCGCCUCCAUGGACAGCGGUGAGUCCAACGAUUCUAUGAUUCUGUCUGUGUUGUACAGGGCAGCAGCCGGUCCUAUGCGCUCAGCGGGGAGAAACCGAGGAACAGCCGUGACAUUGCCCGCAUCACCUUUGACGUCUACAAGCUCAACCCCCGCGACCUCUUUGGCAGCCUGAACAUCUCGGCCACUUUCUACGGACUCUACUCCAUGAGCUGCGACUUCAAGUGUCUGGGGCCCAAGAAGGUGCUAAGGUGGGUCUGGGAACCAGCUUCCCCCACAUCUCCCCUGACAGACGGCCAUCCAAUCUCUGCUUAAAACCCUCCGAGGAAGGAGAGUCCACCACCUCACCUCCAUUGUCAGAAAGUUCUUCCUGAUGUUGAGUCAGAAUCUCCUUCCUUGUAAGCUUGAAACCAUGGAUUCAGGUCUUACCCACCAGAGCAGGAGGAAACAUUAGUCAUUUAGUCGUGUCCGACUCUUCAUGACCCCCUGGACCAGAGCACACCGGGCACUCCUGUCUUCCACUGCCUCCUGCAGUUUGGUCAAACUCAUGUUUGUGGCUUCGAGAACACUGUCCCACCAUCUCAUCCUCUGUUGUCCCCUUCUCCUUGUGCCCUCCAUCUUUCCCAACAUCAGGGUCUUUUCCAAGGAGUCGAGUCUUCUCAUGAGGUGGCCAAAGUAUUGGAGCCUCAGCUUCAGGAUCUGUCCUUCCAGUGAGCACUCAGGGCUGAUUUCCUUCAGAAUGGAUAGGUUUGAUCUUCUUGCAGUCCAUGGGACUCUCAAGAGUCUCCUCCAGCACCAGAAUUCAAAAGCAUCCAUUCUUCGGCGAUCAGCCUUCUUUAUGGUCCAGCUCUCACUUCCAUACAUCACUACUGGGAAAACCAUAGCUUUAACUAUACAGACCUUUGUCCGCAAGGUGAUGUCUCUGCUUUUUAAGGUUUGUCAUUGCUUUUCUCGCAAGAAGCAGGCGUCUUUUAAUUUAGUGGCUGCUGUCACCAUCUGCAGUGAUCAUGGAGCCCAAGAAAGUAAAAUCUCUCACUGCCUCCAUUUUUGGGAGGGGAUUAGCUCACAGUUGUGCAGCUUCUUUUGCAAAGGGAAAAGCCCCCGUUUUUUGAGGAUCAGCUCAAAGUUGUUGAGCUUAGUUUGCAAAGGGUAAAAAUCCUGCUUUUAUGGGGUUCAACUCACAGUUCUGCAGCUUCUUUAGGAAAGGAAAGGGAGCCAUUUCUACAGUUUCCAGACAGAUAAUCUAAUCAGCCAGUCACAUGUCGCUGGGGAAACAAACAGCCUCCAUCUGCAGAACAUUCAACAAUGGAGGCCUGGGCAAGGGGGCAAGGGGCCGGAAAGGGAGCCAGCGAUCGACCACACAUUCGCUCCAUAAGACGCACAGACAUUUCCCCUUACUUUUUAGGAGGAAAAAACUGCAUCUUAUGGAGCGAAAAAUACAGUAAAUUCCAUAAAUAAAAUAAUAAAAUUAAAAUUGAUUUUGUCUUCUGAGCCGCUCUGAGAUCUACGGAUGAAGGGUGGCAUACAGAUUUAAUUAAUUAUAAUAAUGCAAAACAACAACGCAGCACUAAUAUAAUUUGUUCCCCUUUCCUUUCCUCCCAAGGGAGAUCUUGCGUGUGGCAUCCACUGUCAUGCAUGGCAUCGGGCACAUUCUUCUUGGGGCAUCCCACUACAUCCGCCGGAUCCUGGACGGAGGCGAGAACUGGCACUCGCAUGCCCGCGUGAGCUACGAACGCUGAAAGCUGCCACCCUCCUCUUCCUCCCUCUCCUGAGACAAGAUUCCUUCCCAGCACCUGCUCUUUCGGCUCCAAAGAAAUCCCAGAUCUCUGUUUCUGUUGGGGAUGUUAAUUAAAAAGGGUACAGUGGUACCUUGGUUCUCAAACUUAAUCCGUUCCGGAAGUCCGUUCUAAAACCAAAGAGCGUUCCAAAACCAAGGCGCGCUUUUCCCAUAGAAAGUAAUGAAAAACGGAUUCAUCCAUUCCAGACUUUUAAAAACAACCCCUAAAACAGCAAUUUAACGUGAAUUUUACUAUCUAACCAGACCUUUGAUCCAUAAAACGAAAGCAAGAAUCUAUGUACUGCACUAUAAAAGAAAUAACAGUACAGUGGUACCUUGGGUUAAGUACUUAAUUCGUUCCAGAGGUCCAUUCUUAACCUGAAACUGUUCUUAACCUGAAGCACCACUUUAGCUAAUGGGGCCUCCCGCUGCUGCUGCGCCGCCGGAGCACAAUUUCUGUUCUCAUCCUGAAGCAAAGUUCUUAACCUGAAGCACUAUUUCUGGGUUAGCAGAGUCUGUAACCUGAAGCGUAUGUAACGUGAAGUGUAUGUACAGGUACCACUGUAUUGUAGGUGAUAAAAAUUUAAAUUGUUUUUUUUUUUCUUCUUACCUGCACUGAUGAUAGUCAGCUUUUAUCCAUAUCCGCAGUCACACAAUCAACCAAUCAAUCAAUCAAUCAAUCAGUAGCUGAACUGGAUUCCACGCAGUCACAAAAACAAAUGAACCGAAAAAGCCUCAGAAACAAAAACGCAAAAUAGAUAGCAAAAACAAAAGCGCCAAACUUAAUCCGUUCCGGAAGUCUGUUUGACUUCUGAAAUGUUUGGAAACCAAGGUACAGCUUCUGAUUGGUGCAGGCGCCCCAGAAACAACAGACAACAGCAGAGUCAGACGUUCGGCUUCUGAAAAACGUUCAAAAACCGGAACACUUACUUCCGGGUUUCUGGCGUUUGGAAACCAAGGCGUUUGAGAACCAAGGUACCACUGUAUUUAAUAACCAAACACACAGGAAACCUUGAACCAGACCUUCCUUUCGGCACAGAGGAAAUGGUUGGGGAGGUGGCGAAUAGCCGCCGUGUGGCAGGUUCUGCUAGCUUAACAGAGAUGCAACAUGAAGCAGGGAUAAGAAAAUCUGUUGCCUGCUAGAUGUUGCGGGACUACAAUCCCCAUCAUCCCUGAGCACCGUCUGGAGCCGGUGGAGAGUUCAGCAUCCGGAAGACUCCUGGUUUGCCCAUUGCUGGUUAUUGUUAUUAUUUCUCCAGUGCUUCCCUCGCAAAACCGACCCAAAGCGACUCACAACGUGAGCGCUGGAACUGAUUGCAGCAAACAAAUGAAUGAAAAUCUUUUUUUAAAAAAUGCAUUUACACAAAUAAAAGGUCUUAGAGAGGCUGAAAAGAGACCUUAGAAAUCAUAGAAUUGGAAGUUGUAAGAAAAAACAAGGGUCAUCUAGUCCAACCCCCUUUUGCCCAACAUGGGGCUCAAACCCACGAACCUUAUCUUGCAUUACAAGGCUGGCAUUUCAUUGACGCUCAAAAGGGAAGGGCACGACAGUGCCAAGAAAGAAAUGACUCUCUUAAUAGAUAUAUUAAGCAAAACUUUAUUGAGUUGUCCCCACAAAUGUUUAAAAACAACAAAAUGCAUAACAACCAAAGAUCCAUUUGGGAGCAGACAAGAGGAGGAAAGUGCAGAGUGGCGGCAUUUCCCUGCUCUGAACAAUCCUCCGGGUUCUCUGUGGUUUGGGAGAGGCUCACAGCGCCCCCUAGAGGGCACCAGCCCUUUGUUUUCAUUCAGCCCCGACCUCCCGCCAACUGCAUCUUCCCGAUUCAGUCCUCCAGGAUCUCGGAGAACAGCUCCCGCCGUUUCUUCUUCGCCUUGUGGUGGCGCUCCCAGUCUUGGCGGCGCUUGAGGAAGUGGUUCAGGGAGAAGUUGCGGACCAGAAAGUGCCCAAAGGGGUCGUUCUGCAGUCGUGAUUCAUGCUCCGCUGGAAAUUGGGGGGGGGGGGGAGGAGAAGAAGAAGCCUUUAAGACCUAAAGAGCACAGUUCGGGGGGGGAUCUCCAGGGUUAGGGUUUCGUGAAAAGCCUAAAACCCUGAAGAACAUCUGCCUGGAAGUUGGGGGAGCAGGGGGGUGCCUAAACGGCCUCGGUCCAGUAGACCUGAAGGAGCGUCUCCUCCCCCAUUGUUCUACCCGGACACUGAGGUUCAGCUCCGAGGGCCUUCUGGCGGUUCCCUCCCUGCGAGAAGCCAAGUUACAGGGAACCAGGCAGAGGGCCUUCUCGGUGGUGGCGCCUGCCCUGUGGAACGCCCUCCCACCAGAUGUCAAAGAGAAGAACAACUACCAGACCAGACUUUUCGAAGACAUAGAAAGGCAGCCCUGUUUAGGGAAGCUUUUAAUGCUUAACAGACCACUGUAUUUUAAUACUCUGUUGGAAGCCGCCCAGAGUGGCUGGGGAAACCCAGCCAGGUGGGCGGGGUAUAAAUAAUAAAUUCUAUUCUAUUCUGUGUUGAG